AUGUCGCAGGCAGCCUUUGGUGGAUGGGAACUCGACAACAACGUCGAGCUUGUCGAUCCGAGACGAGAUGGCCUCUACAACUACGAUGCUGAAGCCCAGAAGGCCUUGAACCAACAGCGGCCAUGGGUUAAAGACCCUCACCACUUCAAACAUGUCCGAAUCAGCGCUGUGGCGCUAAUCAAGAUGGCAAUGCAUGCCAGGUCCGGCGGAUCCCUCGAGGUCAUGGGAUUGAUGCAGGGCUACGUUUCCCACGAGACCUUCAUCGUCACCGAUGCCUUCCGACUUCCCGUUGAAGGAACAGAGACCCGUGUUAACGCCCAGGACGAAGCGAACGAAUACAUUGUCGAGUACUUGGACCAGUGCCGUGCUCAGGGAAGGCAGGAGAACGUCGUGGGGUGGUAUCAUAGCCACCCGGGUUACGGCUGCUGGUUGAGCGGUAUCGACGUGGAAACCGAGUAUAUGCAGCAAACCUUUCAGGAUCCAUUCUUGGCCGUCGUGAUUGACCCUGACCGCACCAUCAGCGGUGGCAAGGUCGAGAUUGGAGCCUUCCGAACAUACCCUGCCGACUACAAGAGCACUGACGGUCUAGGAGCAUCCGACGGCUAUGAGGCUGUGCCUCUCGCUAAAGCAGCCGAGUUUGGUGCCCAUGCGAACCGAUACUAUAGCCUUGAGGUGUCCCAUUUCAAGAGCACUCUCGACUCCCAUCUCCUCGAGCAGCUCUGGCACAAGUACUGGGUCCAGACCCUCAGCCAAAACCCGCUUCUCACCAACCGUGACUAUGGCAACAAGCAAUUACUGGAUCUUAGUUCCAAGAUUCGAGAUGCCACGACCAACAUCACCCGUACCAGAGGUGGUCAGGGGGGCAUGUUUGGUGGUGUCGGCAGCUCUAGGUUAGAUAGGACAGUGGCCAAGUUAGCCCAGGACACCAACCAGAUUGCCAGCCGGGAGAGGACGGGACUUACUGCCACAGAGGUCAAGGCGAAGCUCUUCAACGAUCUUGUGAGCAAGAGCUGA